UACGAUUGUGUUUCGUUAAUGCGUGUAUUUGAACAAAAUUGAGCCACCUGCUGCGAAGUUUAAAUAUUAUCUAGAACUUUUUUAGAAGUGUAUAUUUCUUAGUUGUCUUUUUUAUAUUUUUCCAAUAUUUCGCAAUAUAUCAUAAGUUAGUUACAAAGAAACAUUAAAGAUUUGUUGGACGUUUACAAUUCAAAAGAUAAUGAAACAUAACCAGCAAAUGUAUUCAAAGAUUUUCCUUCUUGUGUAUAUUCACUAAAAUUUAAAGAAACCAAAAACAACUCGAGAUUACAAUUUUCUUUGAUAUCUCGAUACUACAUUUAUAGUUUUUUUUCCCUAACAAAUUGAUUGACAAAGAUUAUUUUGACGUUGCAAAUUUAUUGAAUUACACAAAUUGAAGCUGGUCUACCAAUGAAUUGUGAGAAGCCAUCUUGGAAAAUCCUUUUUGGCAUUUCGAACGAAUGAAGUGUCAAAUAUCGAUAAUUAUUUCAUCUCACGCGAUUGAAACAAAAAUUUUUACGAGAAUUAAAUCCUCUUUAAAAAAUUAGAUUUUUUUAUAACGAUCUGGAAACUGAAAUGUAAAAAUCAAUUUCGCGCCAUAAAAUAGUAUUAUUCGAUAGUCGCGUUUAAAAGCAAGAAAAAUAUAGAGACGAGUUGCGAUACAAAUAACUCGAAUAAGAAAGGGAUAGGAGAAUUUUUCUGUUGAAAGUUGGAAAUAAUAUAGGCAAGACGGCUUCGCAAAAAAAAUCGUCUAAGAAGAUGGCGGAGACCAAAGAAUUAGAGAAUAUGAUAUUGAGUUUUCGAGUGUCUGAACUUCAGAUGCUUCUUGGUUUUGCUGGUAGAAAUAAAUCAGGUAGAAAAAACGAAUUACAAGCACGUGCUCUAGAAUUGUUACGUUUGAGAUCCCAUCCAAUUCAGCUCAAAAUACGUGAAUUAUAUAAAACCAUACAAGCUGAACAAUUAGCUGCACAUCAAAUAUAUGGUCAAACAGGUAGUUCUGGAGAGCCACAAAUAGAUCAAAACAUGCAUUCCAGAAGUUAUUACACAACAAGACAAGCUAUUAGUCAACAACAACAGUCACAGUCUUCAGUUUCCAGUGGAAAGGAUUUACCACCUGCACAUCAAGCCUCUCUACCUCAGGCGCCUAGGACCAAUCCAGUAUAUCAGUCAACAGGAUAUACUAGUGUAACACCACAACAAACAGCAAGUGCAACUUAUAAUCCAUAUCCAUAUGCACCAAAAGUUUUACCAUCACCAUUGCAGAUACAACCUAGGAGUCAGUAUCCAGUUCAUCCAGAUGUUAGGCUUAAAAAACUACCAUUUUUCGAUUUAUUGGCUGAAUUGUUGAAGCCAUCUAGUCUAAUGCCUCAAGGAUCUAUGAGACUUCAAGAAAAUACAUUUGCAUUUCAUUUAACACCACAGCAAUCAACAGAUGUAGCAAGUUCCCGAGAUUGUCGCGCAGGAAGUAAAAUGGAUUAUACAGUACAAAUACAAAUGCGAUUUUGUUUACAAGAAACUUCGUGUGAACAAGAAGACUGUUUUCCACCAAGUAUUGCUGUGAAAGUUAAUGGAAAACUAUGUCCUUUACCUAAUCCAAUACCUACCAAUAAACCAGGAGUAGAACCAAAGAGGCCGCCACGGCCUGUCAAUAUUAGUCCGUUAGUUAAAUUAUCUCCUACCGUAGCAAAUCAAAUUCACGUAACAUGGUCAGCAGACUAUGGAAGACGAUAUGCAAUUGCAAUAUAUUUAGUUCGAAAACUUUCAAGUGCUGAAUUAUUAUCGAGAUUAAAAAAUAGGGGAGUUCGACAUUCGGAUUAUACAAGAGGUUUAAUUAAGGAAAAACUUAAUGAAGAUGCAGACAGUGAAAUAGCAACAACGUCGCUUAGAGUGUCGUUAGCUUGUCCGUUAGGGAAGAUGCGAAUGUGUACACCAUGUCGUGCGUCGACAUGUUCACACUUACAAUGUUUUGAUGCCUCGUUAUUCCUUCAAAUGAAUGAAAGAAAACCUACAUGGAAUUGCCCAGUGUGUGAUAAAUCGGCGUUAUAUGAUAAUCUUGUUAUCGAUGGAUAUUUUCAAGAAGUUUUAAAUUCUAAGAAACUAUUACCAGAUGUAAAUGAAAUUCAAUUGUUGCAAGAUGGUUCCUGGGAAAAUUUGGUUCCAAAGAAAGAGAAGGAUAAGGAGAAGAGUGAAACAAAAGUCAUUACAAAUUCGCAAGAUCGUAAAAUCGAUGUGGAUACUGUUGAUUUAGAUGAAAGCAAUCUUACACCUCCAAAACAAAAGAAACGAGCUGAGAUUAUUGAUUUAAUAUCAGACAGUGAUGACGAUGAUGAACAUACGACACCAACGCAAAGUAUAAAAAAGAUGACUAGUGGUACUUCUUCACCAAAAAAGUCACAAACUAGUUCGAUCAGCAGUACAAGUGAAUCACCAGAGUUGAUGAUAAUUGAUUUAGAAUAGGAUAUUUAUAGCUAUUAUAAAAUUGCCAAAUUUUAUACAGAACGAAAACCAAAAGUUUGUUAGUUCUGUGAUCGUCUUACGAGGAAGUCACCAUGUAAAAAUAAGUGUAAAUGAAAUCAUGAUCAAGUUUUUACUUUUGGUACUUAAAAUUGGAAGAAAAGCGAAAUAAUAUUUCUUUCCUAUGUAUCAGUACGCAUAGAACUCCUAUAUCAUUUCAAUGGAUAAAGGAAAAGAAAAAUAAAUUGACGUCACUAAAA